GAGCAAGCGAAGACUGAUUCGAAUACAUCUCUGAAGCUCGCAAUAACAAUGGCCCUUCUCCGAUCAAAGCUCCUCCAAAAACUUCCUCCUCCUCCUCCUCCUCCUCCUCAUCUUCAUCAUCCAUCUGCUUCUCCAUCUUCGCAAUCCACGUCUCAAAAAUGGAAGCGAAAGGCGAAGGAUCGAAAACAAGAGCUUCUCAGGCUCAAAGAAGACCUCAAGCAAGCUGAAGACAAUUCACAAUGCGACUUGUUUCCGCAAAGUGCGUCUUGUGUAUGCUAUUUCUUCGAUAAAUUGGGGGAAUUGAACCCUAAUCGGUUUUUAGAUAGCUCUGAUCGGAGAUUUAAUGACGUUUUGCGUCGGAGAUUUCUCAGACAAGUGAGGUUGAAUGAAAGAAGGAGAAGAGAGAGUUCAACACAGCGACAUUGUUUUUCUGGUAUUCUUAUACUACCACUCACUUUUAAUUUAAGUUUGAAUUUGAUAAAUUUGAAUGGCAGAUGGAUAUUUAUCUUGUUUUCAUUCGUGUAAAACUUUUCAAUUUCUUGUCCUGGUCUUAUUCAUAUAAUUUCAACUUUUGGUUCACCUCAAAACUGUGGGCGUGAGUCCCCUUUUAAA